UCGCCAACUUCGAUGCUGAUCUUGUUAAGGCUCCCGCCAAUUCUCAUCUCUGGCUGCAUCCCUGUAAAGAAUUCUAGCCGAUGAAUAUUCGUACAGAGAUGAGGCAAUUAGUAUACAGAGAGAUGAGGCAAUCUUUAGCAGCCCUAAUUCGUGUGGCUGGGACGUGUCGAAAGCCACCUCAAUGGCGAGCAUGUUCCAGGGAUGUGCUCGAUUCAGAGUUAAGGGCUUUUACAUUGCAUCCUCCACUAUCAUGCUUGACUUGUUUCCCGAAAGGAAAGAAGUGAAGGAUGUUUUGAAGAAGGCAAUAGUUCUACCACUAACAGAGGUCGCGGGCUGGAAAGCUGGGACGUGUCAAGUGUGACCGAUAUAAGUUACAUGUUCUCGAACACUGAGGUGCACUUCGAUCCGCCCCGGGGCUUGGGUCGCUGGGACGUGUCCUCGGUACGAGACAUGAGCGGCGUGUUCAGGAACGCCACUGCGAUGACGGGGGGAGGCAUAAGUGCGUGGAAUGUCGCAAACGUCACAUCGAUGUUUCACAUCUUCUCUGGGGCUAGUCGCUUUAACGAACCAAAUUUAGGGAAAUGGAAUGUCGCUGCCGUGGAAAGAUUUGACGGCGCCUUCCAUGCUGCGACACAAUUCGCGCAGCCGCUAAACGAUUGGGAUCUAUCAAAGGCCUUCGAGGUUUGGCGAAAUGAGAGAAGAGCACGCGAUUGUGGUUCCCCCUUUCCUCCCUUGUCCCUCACUUUUGAUUCUUUCAUCUUUUACGUUUGGUGUGACAUCUACUCUUACGACCCUGAGGACGCUUGCAAGCUUUCUCGCGCUCUCUGGCCGCGCGAUCCCACGAAGAAAACCACAGAAGGUCGCAUUGCAGUGUCUCCCACUUCCCGAACCUCUGCGUCUUAAUCUUCUCCAUGGACUGGUGAGUCGACGGAAAUGUUAUCAGGACUUUCCCGAGAACCGCUCCCCUCGUGGCUGGAGACAGCGGCUCCGCCUUGCUGCUGCGGUCGCAAGGCCGCUUGAUUGAGCUCCUUAUAUAUUUAUAAGAUGGAGGGGCUGCAGCUUGGGCGUGAUUUUGCUAUGAUAAGUUUGCUCUAACAUGCACACUUAUUUGGAUUUAGGUGUGCCUUUGUGCUCGUUUGUAGUUUGCUUCCGUCUUAUUUCGUCAUGCUCCUAAAAACGUUACGCAGGUAGAGGCCUCGACACCCACCAAAACACGAAAAGGGCACCUCAAAUCGACUCACUGACUUCUACCACAGCACAGUUUGCUGCUGACCGUGGCGCCUCUAUCACACUGUAAAAAGCAGAAAACAGAACAAAAAAUCAGAAGCAUAGCCAUAGGGGUCCCGCAAUUUGAUCAUCUGGUA